AUGAAGCGGGGAGGGUUGAUUCGCAUGCUCGUCACCUUCAGUUCGUUCUUCAAAGAGAAUUUAAUUACCAAUGCCUUUUCGAAAUCUAGAAAUCAAAUUAAUGUGCACAUAGAUUUUAUUCCAGCCUCCAAAAUGAAUCUUAGAAUAAUGGAGAGAGAUCUUCAAAGCCCUAGAUCAGCCUCAAAUGCCCGAGCUCGGAAUAGGAGAAAAUCAACUGAGGCUUUUCCAGAUGUCAUGAAGGUAAAUGGAAGUGAUUUGCUCGUGAAUGACCAAAACAAAUACAGAUCAAUGUGGAUCCGAACAUAUUCUUCGGUCUGGAUGCUUGUGGGCUUCAUAUUGGUUGUGUAUUUAGGUCAUCUUUAUCUCUGGGGCAUGAUUGUUGUCAUACAAAUCUUAAUGGCAAGUGAGCUCUUCAAUUUACUUAGAAGAGCUCAUGAAGAUAGGCGUCUUCCAGGCUUCAGACUUCUCAAUUGGCAUUUCUUCUUCACUGCAAUGUUGUUCGUGUAUGGUCGCAUUCUCAGCCAACAGAUAAUGCAUGCUGUAACUCCUGAAAAAUUCUUCUACAAGCUUGCAACCAGUUUUAUGAAGUAUCAGAUGGUUAUCUGUUAUUUCUUGUACAUCACAGGGUUCAUGUGGUUCAUUCUUACACUAAAGGCGAAGAUGUACAAAUAUCAAUUUAGUCAGUAUGCAUGGACACACAUGAUAUUGAUAGUAGUAUUCACACAAUCGUCCUUCACCGCUGCAAAUAUCUUUGAAGGGAUAUUCUGGUUUCUCCUCCCAGCAUCACUUAUUGCAAUUAAUGAUGUCGCCGCAUAUUUCUUUGGUUUUUUCUUUGGGAAGACGCCCCUUAUCAAGCUUUCUCCAAAGAAGACAUGGGAAGGCUUUUUAGGAGCAUCAGUCACAACAGUUAUUUCAGCAUUUAUGCUUGCAAGCGUUUUGGGUCGCUUCCAGUGGUUUACAUGCCCAAGAAGGGAUUUAUCCACAAGUUGGCUGCAAUGUGAUCCUGGUCCUAUCUUUACACCAGAAAUAUUUGAGUUACCGAGUGGGUUGCCAUGGAAAGAGAUAUCAGUUUUACCAGUGCAGUGGCACGCUUUAUGCCUUGGUUUGUUUGCAUCGGUUAUUGCACCAUUUGGAGGGUUUUUCGCAAGUGGGUUUAAGAGGGCCUUUAAUAUCAAGGAUUUCGGUGGCAGUAUUCCAGGACAUGGUGGCUUUACUGAUAGAAUGGAUUGUCAGAUGGUUAUGGCUGUUUUUGCUUACAUCUACCAUCAGUCUUUUGUUAUCCCACAAUAUUAUCCAGUCGAGAUCCUAUUGGAACAGAUAUUAGGAAGCCUUAAUUUUGAGGAGCAGAAAGUGAUAUUGGUGGCACUGAAUACGUCCAUACAUACUUUUUAG